UCAAACGAAGUUGUCACACUUUUGCCGGGAUCCAAAGAACGAAUUGCCCAAUCGUUCGAUUAACCGUCCUUGCAUCGACUGCAGUGAUCCAGCCUCAAGGGUAUUCAAGCGGGUCCAGGCCUAUCGAAAUGGAAUCGCAACUUAAAGUCAUUCUUGAGGUUCAGGUGAGCGUUGUUUCUUUCAGCUCCUUGGUCGUUGCUGCGUACUAUCGAUCUCGGAUUUGA